AUGUCCUCGACUGCUAUUCCAAUACCACCCCAGCGCUUCGCGGAAGCCAUCAAAGAGCUGCCUCUUGCCAAUCUACACUCCAAAGCUGCCGAAGUUCGCAACUCGAUCGCACAUCUCUUGAUUUCGAACCAGCAAUUGCAACCAUUUGCAGAUGAAGGAGAUUCUGAUUGUGCUGAAGCAAUUCGAGAGAAUCUAGUGGUCACACAGAGGAUGGAAGAGCGAAUCUCGUUGCUAAAACGGGAAGUCGAGGGUAGAGGGUUCAAGUGGGGUGAAGAUGAGACAAAUCCAGAGAAUGUAGAGUCGAAUGGGCAUGCUGGUGUCGAAGAGAUCAGAAGGGCAUCACGGAUUACGAGUACCCGUGGUGGGCCGAGUACACCGCGUUCUGGUGGACAGCUUGGAGAUGGAGAGCUCGCCCGAAGAUUAAGGGAGCAGAUGGAAGAAGAUGAUGACGAUGAGGCUCAAGAUGGUGUGCACCUGUGA